UUUCAAACGCAAAAGAUGUUGUGUCUGAUUUGUGCCUCUGCGGCAUCCGUCCAGCGACGGGGGCAACAUUUUGAAUGUUCGGCGCGUUUCAACUGCUGCAGUUGUCCUGUGACAGUGGGUGAAAACGCAGAAUGGCCUCCCCUGACACCUGCGCUGAUGAGGGCGCGUUCAAGACUCCUAAAAACGUCCGAGUCAGGACCUUUGGAUGCAACGGAGGGACCCCAGUCACCAUCCCGGCUUCACCUUUCAUGAAGAAGUUGGGCUGUGGGACUGGCGUCAACGUUUACCUCAUGGACAGAAAGGGAAAGUUGAAUGCGUCUCCCUGGGCCAUCAAGAAGAUCAACAGCAAGUGCGCCACCAAACAGAAGCAGGUUUACCAGAAGCGCCUGAAUGAGGAGGCGAAGGUCCUAAAGGGAAUCAGUCAUCCAAACAUUGUUGGGUUUCGUGCCUUCGCCACGGCCAGAGAUGGAUCAAAGUGCCUGGCCAUGGAGUAUGGAGGAGAGCAGUCCCUCAAUGACCUCAUAGAGAAGAGGAGGGAGGACGGCCUGAAAGCUUUCCCAGCUGCCAACAUAGAAAAAGUAGCACUGCAUGUUGCUCGUGGCCUUCAGUAUCUUCACAAUGAGAAGAAGCUGCUGCACGGCGACAUGAAAUCGUGUAAUGUUGUCAUCAAGGGCGACUUUGAGACUGUCAAGAUCUGCGACGUUGGCGUGUCUCUGCAGCUGGACGAGAACAUGCGAGUGUCGGAUCCAAAGGCGGAGUACAUCGGCACGGAGCCGUGGAAACCGAAGGAAGCUCUGGAUGAGGGAGGAGAGAUCACCGACAAGGCAGACAUCUUCGCCUUCGGUUUGACUCUGUGGGAGAUGAUGACGCUGGCGAUGCCUCAUCUGGAGAUGCUAGAGGACGAUGAUGAUGAAGAGGAUGAAGAAGACUCGAUCGAGGAGAGUUUCGAUGAGGACGCCUACUACGAGAAGCUGGGGACGAGGCCGCCGCUGGACGCCGAGGCUCUGGGCAGCUCGUACCGGAGGAUGGUGGAGCUGUUCUGUCUCUGCACGGAGGAAGACCCCAAGAGGAGGCCCUCAGCCAGCCAGAUCGUCCAGGCUCUGGAGAGCAACGCCCUGCUGGAUAAAACGCCCGGUGAGGUGAUCGUAAUCGACUGAUUUACGCAACUAAUUCUACGAGUUAGGAAUGCUGUCAGGCACUCAGGAUCCAGGAUUUUCAGUUGAAAUGACGGGUUAAGGGAUAUUUGUCAGGGAUUUAUAUUAGAAAACUGCAGACUAUAUGGACACAACCUGAAAACUCUGCCAGCUUAUGCAAUUUACUCGUUUAUUUGUACUCAUUUAGAUGUGGGGAAAAGUAAGAGCUGAGCGCAGACACAGGAACUCGUCAGAGUAUCAGUUAACUUGAAAUGAGCUGCAAAAGCUACCUGUAAUCUCCAUACUGCUCAUCUUUAUCGAAUGACAGUCUGUCACUUCUUUGUGUUGCGGUAUUUUUUUCCCAUGGUGUAAAUGUUUUUAUGUUCUUUAUUCAUGUACGUUUGUGUGUCAGCGCUUCUGUAAACUUUACUUCCUGCUA